CUUGUGCUACUGAAUGCCAAGAAACUCAAAAAUCCACCUUCACUUUACAGUCAGAAGAGGCAGAAGUGGAUGUGAGAGAAAGAGACAUACUGAGAGACAGACAGCGAGACAGGAGGGCGAGAGACCGGGCAUUCAGAGACUCUUGUCCUGACAACUCCAUGCAGUUCGGAAGGAGGACGCCGACAAGCGAGCCUGGGUACAUGGGGGCAUGGCAAAACUGUGAUGCCAAUCUUCUUUUCAGAAUGUCCCAACAGGCCAUCCGAUGUACACUUGUAAAUUGCACAUGCGAAUGUUUCCAGCCUGGGAAGAUUAAUCUGAGAACCUGUGACCAAUGUAAACAUGGCUGGGUGGCACAUGCUUUGGACAAGCUCAGCACUCAGCACCUGUACCACCCAACACAAGUGGAAAUUGUACAAUCUAACGUAGUGUUUGACAUCAGCAGCCUUAUGCUCUAUGGUACACAGGCUGUACCUGUGCGCCUCAAGAUCCUGCUUGACCGACUCUUCAGUGUUCUCAAACAAGAAGAGGUACUGCACAUAUUGCAUGGCUUAGGAUGGACGCUGCGGGAUUAUGUUCGCGGAUAUAUACUUCAGGACACUGCUGGCAAAGUCCUGGACCGCUGGGCCAUUAUGUCCCGGGAAGAAGAGAUCAUCACUCUGCAGCAGUUUCUAAGGUUUGGAGAAACAAAAUCUAUUGUGGAGCUGAUGGCCAUUCAAGAAAAAGAAGGACAGGCAGUGGCUGUUCCUUCCUCAAAGGCUGAUUCAGACAUAAGAACUUUUAUUGAAGGCAACAACCGCACCAGGAGUCCGAGCGUUCUCUCUCACUUAGAAAACAGCAACCCUUCUAGUAUUCACCACUUUGAAAACAUGCCCAAUAGCCUAGCAUUCCUCCUUCCAUUCCAAUAUAUUAAUCCAGUCUCAGCACCUAUGCUUGGACUACCUCCUAAUGGGCUUAUGUUAGAACACCCUGGACUCAGGUUGCGGGAACCUAAUAAUUCAAAUCAGAAUGAAUGUGAAGAGACCAGUGAGUCUGAGGUCUCCCCCAUGCCUUACAAUAGGAGUGAGCAACCGUCCAAUAGAAAUGCUUUGAGUAGCAUCACAAAUGUCGAGCCAAAAUCAGAGCCAAAUAAUUCCUCCCCUUCACCAAACUCACAGCCUGCCAGUGACAUUUCUAAAUCUGACCAUGUCAAAAGUUCCUUUAAGAUUCACAGAAUGAGGCGGAUGGGAUCAUCAUCACGGAAAGGCAGGGUAUUUUGCAAUGCAUGUGGAAAAACCUUCUAUGAUAAGGGGACUCUAAAAAUUCACUACAAUGCUGUGCAUCUUAAGAUAAAACACAGGUGUACCAUUGAAGGCUGCAACAUGGUUUUCAGUUCUCUUAGAAGUAGAAAUCGGCAUAGUGCAAAUCCCAAUCCUCGGCUUCACAUGCCAAUGCUGAGGAACAAUAGAGAUAAGGACCUAAUCCGUGCCACAUCUGGAGCAGCUACCCCUGUUAUAGCAAGUACAAAAUCAAGCCUAUCUCUAACAAGCCCUGGUCGACCUCCAAUGGGGUUUUCAACACCACCCUUGGACCCUCUUUUGCAAAAUUCACUUUCCAGCCAACUGGUGUUUCCUGCAUUAAAAACUGUACAGCCUGUUCCUCCUUUUUAUAGAAGUUUAUUACAUUCAGGAGACAUGGUUAGCCCUCCAUCAUCACUACCUACCAGUCCAAUUUUGCCAGCACCUCUGGGGAUGGAACAACCUCUUCCUUCUCUGCCACAAGAGUUACCACCAUCUGUGCUCAACAUGUCAACACAGGAUGCAAACACAGACCUGGCUCCCAAGAAAAAGCCACGGAAAUCAAGCAUGCCUGUCAAAAUUGAGAAGGAAGUCAUCGAUACAGCUGAUGAAUUUGAUGAGGAAGAAGAAAGCAUUGAUCAUGGCCAUUCCAUAAAUGACAUGAACCAAGAUAACAAUUCUCAAGGUGAUUUAAGUCCUGGGUUGUCCAUCAACAGUUACUCAAAAAAUGGCAAUAGCAGAUGUAUUCUGAGGACAGACACCAGAGCAAACAGUAUAACUUCAGAAGACCCAGAACAUGAGAGAGAUUUUGAAAAUGAAUCAGAAUCAUCUGAGCCAAAGUUUUGUGAUGAACCAAUGGAAGAUGAUCACCUUCCACUUCACAGAGAAAGUAAUUCCAGGUCUAUGACAGACAAUGAGCAAUCCUUUGAGAAUCACAUUAACUGUCAUCAGCAGGCUGUUAUAAAGGUAAAAGAAGAGUUUACAGACCCUACAUAUGAUAUGUUUUACAUGAGCCACUAUGGACUUUAUAAUGGGGGUAGUGCCAGCAUGGCUGCACUUCAUGAAAGCUUAGGUUCAUCUUUGAACUAUGGAAGCCCUCAGAAAUUCUCUCCGGAGAGUGACCUCUGCUCAAGUCCUGAUCCUAAAAUUUGCUAUGUGUGCAAAAAGAGUUUCAAAAGCUCAUACAGUGUGAAGCUGCACUACAGGAACGUUCAUCUGAAAGAGAUGCAUGUCUGCACAGUAGCUGGUUGCAAUGCUGCUUUCCCUUCACGACGAAGUAGAGACAGACACAGUGCCAAUAUUAACCUCCACCGCAAACUGUUGACCAAAGAACUGGAUGAGAUGGGGCUGGACUCCUCUCAGCCCAACCUACGAGAUGAGUUCUUGGCAAAGAUCUAUGGUGGUCAUCAUCCUUUGGGCCUGGAUGUUAGAGAGGACACCAAUUCGCCAGUCGGAACAGAGGAUUCCCACAUCAAUGGAUAUGGCCGGAGCUUUUCAGAAGAUUACAUGGUCUUAGAUUUGAGCACGACCUCCAGUGUCCAAUCCAGCAGCAGUAUCCAUUCCUCUAGGGAGUCUGAUGUGGGCAGUGAUGAGGGUAUACUCCUGGAUGACACUGAUGAUGCCAGUGACAUUGAGGAGUCCUCUCAAAAAAUUCAUGCUUCUGCCACUCUCAUGGGACCAGGCAAUGACAUAUCAGAAUCUUCCUUAUACAACAGCUUUGCUGUGAGCAAUGGGGGAAUAAUGUGCAACAUAUGCCAUAAAAUGUACAGUAACAAAGGGACUCUACGAGUUCAUUAUAAGACAGUGCACUUGCGGGAAAUGCAUAAAUGCAAAGUCCUAGGGUGCAACAUGAUGUUCUCCUCUGUACGCAGCCGAAAUCGGCACAGUCAAAACCCUAAUCUCCAUAAAAACAUUCCUUUCUCUUCUGUGGAAUAGCUUUCAUAUGGACACUGUAAACUCCAGAUUUCACAGACAACA